GGCGCUAGGACCCGCGGGGGCCUCCCAGGCCGCCGCGCCUCCCGCUCCCCACCUCCUCAAUCCCAGCCUUCCCCCCCAAAAUGAGGAAGCGGAGCAACUUGCGCCAAGUUGUGCAGCCGGGGCCGCCUCGGGGUGCGCAGCCGGCGCGCGGGGGCCCUCCUGGGGGCGGGCGCGGGGUGCAGCCCAGGGGCGACCCCUGAACAGGAGAACCUGCUUUUGCUUGCAUACCCGCGUGCCUGUGGGUACCUGUGUCCACCUGUGUGUUUCUGUGUGUACAUGGAUCAGUAUGCGUGGGAGCCCUCGCUUCCUCCACGCCUGGCACCCCUCACCCAUCUCAGCCAGGAUGCCAACGAGGCGCUGGGCCCCAGGCACCCAAUGCAUCACCAAGUGUGAGCACACGCGCCCCAAGCCCGGGGAGCUGGCCUUCCGCAAGGGUGACGUGGUCACCAUCCUGGAGGCCUGCGAGAACAAGAGCUGGUACCGCGCCAAGCACCACGCCAGCGGGCAGGAGGGGCUGCUGGCGGCGGGCGCACUGCGGGAGCGCGAGGCCCUCUCUGCGGACCCCAAGCUCAGCCUCAUGCCGUGGUUCCACGGGAAGAUCUCGGGCCAGGAGGCUGUGCAGCAGCUGCAGCCGCCCGAGGACGGGCUGUUCCUGGUGCGAGAGUCCGCGCGGCACCCGGGCGACUACGUGCUGUGCGUGAGCUUCGGCCGUGACGUCAUCCACUACCGUGUGCUGCACCGCGACGGCCACCUCACCAUCGACGAGGCGGUCUGCUUCUGCAACCUCAUGGAUAUGGUGGAGCAUUACAGCAAGGACAAGGGGGCCAUCUGCACGAAGCUGGUGAAACCCAAGAGAAAGCAGGGCACCAAGUCAGCGGAGGAGGAGCUGGCCAAGGCCGGCUGGUUACUGAACCUGCAGCAUUUGACGUUGGGAGCGCAGAUCGGAGAAGGAGAGUUUGGAGCCGUCCUGCAGGGUGAGUACCUGGGACAGAAGGUGGCCGUGAAGAACAUCAAGUGCGACGUGACAGCCCAGGCCUUCCUGGACGAGACGGCGGUCAUGACGAAGAUGCAGCAUAAGAACCUGGUGCGUCUGCUGGGUGUGAUCCUGCACCAGGGCCUCUACAUCGUCAUGGAGCACGUGAGCAAGGGUAACCUGGUGAAUUUUCUACGAACGCGGGGCCGGGCCCUUGUGAACAUCCCCCAGCUCCUGCAGUUUUCCCUGCACGUGGCCGAGGGCAUGGAAUACCUGGAGAGCAAGAAGCUGGUGCACCGAGACCUGGCCGCCCGGAACAUCCUCGUGUCCGAGGACCUGGUGGCCAAGGUCAGCGACUUUGGCCUGGCCAAAGCCGAGCGGAAGGGGCUGGACUCCAGCCGGCUUCCAGUCAAGUGGACGGCACCCGAGGCUCUCAAACACGGGAAGUUCUCCAGCAAGUCGGACGUCUGGAGUUUCGGGGUGCUGCUGUGGGAGGUCUUCUCAUACGGCCGGGCUCCAUACCCCAAGAUGUCGCUGAAGGAGGUGUCAGAGGCCGUGGAGAAGGGGUACCGCAUGGAGCCCCCCGAGGGCUGCCCGGGUCCCAUCCACGCCCUCAUGGGCAGCUGCUGGGAGGCUGAGCCCGCUCGCCGGCCGCCCUUCCGCAAACUGGCUGAGAAGCUGGCCCGGGAGCUGCGCAGCGUGGGCACCUCGGCCCCCAACGGGGGGCAGGAUGCAGACGGUCCCACCUUGCCCCGCAGCCAGGAGCCCUGACCCUGCCCGCGGGGCCUCGGGCCCCAGAGAACUGAGACAGUGGGGGGCACAGGGUGGGGACUCGGGCCAGGCCUGAGGAGCGGCAGGGCCAGCAAGCUGCCCGCCCGGCUCACAUCACAGGGGCAGGCUGCGUCGGGGUUGGGGUGGGGGCUCUGGGCAGCCCGUGGGCACCACGGCCCCAGGGAAGUGAAGGAUUAGCGCCUGGAUAAAGACUGGUUCCAAGGAC